UUGUUUUAACAAAAUAUUAAAGGUCGUCUUUGAUAAGGCUUAUUUUAUUAAUUUUAGUUUAAUAAAAAGAAAUUAAAAAUAAGAAACCAUGAGUAAAGACAACGUUGAGGUUCCGAUGACAAGACAGUACGAGGAUAGCAGUUUACAGCACACUAACAUCAUGGAUUACAACUACGUCAGUCCUACUAUGGGAAAAGGUUGGAAAUGCAUAAUUGUGUUAACUUUUCUAAUUUCCUUUGGAGCUUUGGCGGUCGGUGUGUCGGCUUUUGUCGUGAAUUAUACACAACGGGGAAAGCUUGAAACCGCAUAUCGAAUUCACAUAGAAUCCCAAUUGAAGAAUCUUAGUAGAGAUAUUGGUUGGGUGCAAUUAUACAAUGGUUUUCAGUAUCUAGUCAAACAUGGUGGGAGUACCUAUUUUGAUGCUCGAAGAUACUGCAAAAGUAAAGGUGGUGACCUCGCAGUAUCGGGCAUGCAAGACAACAACACACGAGAAUACAUUUUAAAUAAUAUUCUGGAGCCGAAAACUCUGUAUAGUACUUGGAUAGGUCUAAACGACUUGAACGAGGAAGGUAGUUGGGUGUGGGUGAACGGGGAUCCUGUAACAAGAGAAAACUCAAAAUUUCACCCGGGACAACCAAACAAUUUUAACGGCAAUCAGCAUUGUGGAUACAUUAGCAAAAUUAACGGUCAAUUUGUGAUGGCUGACCAUUUCUGUGAAUCGCCAUUUUCUGCUCUAUGUGAACGACAUAUUCAAUAUAUUUAAUUACGAAGUUAA